AAUUGUCAAUGUCAUUGUCAAAGUAAUUUUAUUUUUGUUAAAGGAAAAUGGUCGAAUGAUAAGUUCAAUUUAAUAUUUUUUUUCUAUAAAUUUCUGUUAUCUAAUUUGAUACUGUGCUUAAAGAUGACUGAAAAAGAGAUCACAAUGGAACAGUUAGAAGAAACUGUGAAGCGCACGGACGAGCAGCUCGACCUGAUGAGCUGGAAGAUGGACGACGUGGAGAAGCAGCUGGUGGAGCCGCUGCAUCCUCAGGACGUGUGCAUCGUCAACCUGCUCAAGUCGGUCUCUGAGGUGCGGUCGGACUACGCGGCGCUGCGCGCGGAGCUGGGCGAGGUGCAGGCGCUGCAGCGCGAGCUGUCCACGCGUCUGCGCACGCAGCUGCGCCUGGUGCACGGCAAGUUCGCGCGCCUGCGCCAGCGCAUCGCCGCCGCCGAGCCGCCGCCGCGCUAACGUCGCCCGCGCCGCCCCGCCCAAAUCUGUUAGUGUCUUCCCAGAAGUUUGUGAACUAAAUGUGUUUUAGGUUAAAUUUACCAGUAGUCUCGCGAUCGAUGAUCAGCUGCAGGUCGCCCGGCACACGUGAGCGUCUCCGGCGUCGCGCGCUCGAUGGAUUGUUGCGCUGGAGAAACGCCUCGCCUUGAGCUUUGUAUUGAAAAGUAGCAAAGCGUACCUUUACUGAAAUGGAGCUCAAACUGCAAACACUAGAAAGCCACUACGAGCAGGCGUCGAAGAGAUCGCCGCGGAAUCAUUCUCAACUAGUUCAUUUCAUUUGUAAAAAGUUGUUAUUCGUAGACCGACGGGAACCGGCGAAUUGUUUUAUGUCAACCUGACUUAUUUUGUAUAGAGUCGAUAGUCUGUUAUUUUGUUAAUAUUUGUAUGUUUAGGUGAUCACCCGCGCGGCGCAUGCGUGUGCCCUCGUGCAUUGUGUAGUAUGUAAUACGACAAUCGUAGUUAAGGUGACCAUGAUCUCGUAGAUAAUAUAAAAAUUUGUCUUAAAUUAAUAAUGUAGGUAUGUCCUUAUACGCAAUAGAGCGUCGUAUGAUGUACAUAUUGGGACUUGGUGCUACGCGUCCAGCGCGCCGGAGCUGAGCGCGCAGAGUGCCGGCGUGGACUCGCGCGAUACCCCGCCGUCGGCGCCGGCGCGCGGGCGCGGUGAUACUGCAACGAACGGUAGGUUAGGGAACGGCACGGUGCGUGCAAUGUGUGACAGUCGACUCGGAGAGUUCCGCUCGCAGCUGCGCUCAGACUGACGCGCCACACGGUUGAUGAGUCGACCCGACGGAGACUCCUUGUGUUGCCAGCCUUUAGUAUUGUUUUUUACAACUCUACUAAAGCCCAUGGGCGCAACUUCUAGUGACGAAAGUUUAAAGCUAGAUAAAUACAUUAGUUGUAGUCGAUGUCUUUCAGUUGCAUUUAUUUGUUGUAUUUUACUCGUUUUAGAUAAAUUUAUACCUCGUAGAUACUAACUGUUAAUGAGAUUACCACUACAAUACAAACAAACAUGAGACGCAUUAUUGUCUGACUCUGAAUAGUAUGUGCCAAAGUAAUCACUAAUCUACUACUAUAUAAUCAUUGUUCACUGAGAAAAAGAUAUUUAAUAUUGAACUAUCGCAUGAUGUAGAAACCAUUGAUUCUAAAAUAUUAAUCUAGUAUUUACUCAACUUCUUAGAUUAUAUCUACUUAAUGUAAAGAAGUGAGCCAUAUACCUACCUAGGUACUUGCUAAGAUUACUUAUCAGGAAAGUUAAUUAAAUUAUUUUCAGGAAAAAUUCAUACAUUAUGGUGGAAAUGGCAAUUUUAUGGUUAUUUGUUAUAUUUUUGGCCAAAAGCGAUCGAGUUUAAUUUACAAUAUUGCGUUGUGCGAGUUGCACGCGUGGCUCGAGCCACUGCCAAUGUUCACGACUGUACUGAAACUGUAGUGUUUACUUUCAUUUAUGUGAUGCGCUUUCAUUCUGCAUACAUAAGUACUUAUGUGCAUUUUAAUUUGCAAAUGUUCUUUGACCAUAAAACGUCGACGCAGUCGGCGGCGGCGGGUCGAGGGCUGUUCGCUUACAUUUGCUCGCGCGCUAUUGAAUGCAUUCGCCUCCCACCGAGGGCUCUCUCGGCCCUUCGCCGGGGUCAGGGGCGCGGGGCCGCAAGCCUGCGGGGUCGAGAACGCGCCUGUACUCUGUAUGUACCUACCGUUUAAACUGCAAAAUAAAUGGGGCACAUGUGUUCAGCUGUGGAGCUAUUGAGGCAUUUUAAAAUUAAAGUCCCUUCACUGAUAAAGAUCUCAUCCAGUGCCUGUACUGUACCUACGUAUCGCCCCGCUGUGCCGCCCGCCGGCGCCGACGCCGCUUCCCGUAGCUCGCUUCGCAUUCGUAGUCUUAAGAGAAAUACAUGUCUGAACUAUGUCUAAGUCUAAAUUACCACGUAUACCUGAUUUAUGUAGACUAGGUUAGGUUAGCCGUUAGUCGUCAGUCGGUGCCCUCGAUCUGUUUUAUACGAGCGAUCCUUCUGCUUUAUGAUUUGUAGGUGCGAGAGAUUUCGUGUGUGAAGUUCAAACGAGUGUGCGAGUAUGUAUAGAUAUAUUACUAGUACUUAUAUUGUGAAGAUCUGGCUUCACGUAGUGAGUAACGUUUGUGAGUCGUCUGGACUCGCCUCGUGACUUAUGUACGUGAGAUAAUCGAAUACCCAUUCAACUAUUACAAUUGCCCGCGUAGGACAUCUUAAUUUGACUGUACCAUACCUCCUGUAGAUCACACACACACGCACAUUUUACCAUUACUCUAUAUACCAUAGACUGACACGAGCAAGGAUUUGAUUAGGUUUUACGAUCGCACAUCGCAGUCCAGACUCGAUCUACACGUCGGCAGUUGCGGAGUAAUGUUACGACACGUCCAUUUCUGUAGCACAGACACAUUUACCUGCCGGCAGAUUGUCAUUUAUAUAUAUACAUAUUUACAUUUAUUAAAUUUGUGUUGAUAUCUUUUGUUUGUCUUUCAUAUCAAAAUUAUUUUUUUAUAAUAAGUACCUAUUUCGAAUAUCCUCUGAAUGUGUAGGCUACGUUACGGUAUACGUACCCUACGACCUGCAGCGGGCGCGCAGCGACACGAACGAAUGCGAACUGUCGCAGGAGUAGGUGCCAACGCCAAGAGUUCCGUCAGUGUCGCACGCCUCGUGUCGUAGUGGAGCAUUUGUUGUUUCGUCUCGUUGGCUCGGUGACGUAUUCGUAUUGUAGCAGUGUUAUUCAUUUGAAAUAUUUAUUUUGCAUUAAACAUAUCGUAAGUAUUUAGUGGCGUUGUUUGCGAUUGUGCCAACUGUAUCGUGUCGUCGUCCGUCGCAGUCCAACACUGACGAUAUGUAUGCACUCUUCCUAUUUAUAAGUAGUCACUUUGUACCGUUCGGUCAAUUCGUAAAUGUUUGUAUCGCGUUCAUCCCCGAUGCGCGCACGGCCGCACGGCAGACGUAUAUUUAUAAUCUAUAUUAUGUCCCCAUUGUUUGGACCUGUUUAACUAUUUUUUUUUAAUAAAUUAUAUAUUUUACGGUU